CUUCCCCUUUUUAGUUCUUAUAAAAAAUUAAAAGUAAAUGCAUGCAUCCCUAGUUUCCCUUUUAGAACCAAAGAAUAAGCUUUUUCGACUUCUUCUUCCAUUUGCAGAUUGAGUUGGGAUCAAAUUGUUCUCGUAUACGGUUACAGUUCAUUUAGGCAUAGCUGUGAAUUUAGCAUCUUUUUAUCUGUCGGGGAAACAUAACCACAGGAAGAAUUUGAUGUGUUCCAGUGAUAAAGAAAAAGCUAGUGGAUAAAAUAGUUUACUUGGUAGAUUUCAAGUAAGCAUUUGGACAAUAUUUGGUUGAAGUUGAAAAAAAAAAGAGUAUUUGAAGUUGAAGUUGAAAAAGAGUAUGUGGAAGUUGUUUUGUAUCCUUGUAUAUGAGUUCAAAUCACGUCCGUAGCAGAAUUCCGAAACAGUGGCAACUUCCUUUCUUAUGUACAAUUGAAACUAGUAUAAGAUCAUUCGCCCUGAAGGUGCAAUGGGAGCCUCCAGUGGACCAAGGCUAUCCGGGAUGCAGAAGCAAGUGCUUGCUCUAUAUAGGGGAUUCCUAAGAGCAGCACGCUCCAAGCCUGUUGAGGAGAGAAAGCAAAUUGAGUCAAUUGUAUCAGCUGAGUUCCACAAAAAUUCUAAGCAAGUUGACCGUAAGAACUUUAUUUAUAUUGAAUACUUACUUCGUCGUGGUAAGAAACAACUUGAUCAGCUUAAAAGCCCUGAUACUGUUGGAUUGUCAUCCUUGAGUGUUGAUUCUUCACGAACUAGGAACUCAUCCUCCUAGAUUUUUCUUACAAAAUCCACUCGUGUGUUCAACUUUACCGGAGUCGGUUGAUUAUAUCAUCUCUUUUGCUGGGAUUAGCAUCGGGCAUUUGAAUGCCAAAUGUUAUUUACAAACACAUAUACUGGGAUUCAGAAACAAUUUAACGACUGGCAAAUGAUCCUUUUUAGGGAAAGGAGACUGGCAGAUGGUUUUGAAACCAAGAAAAGCCAUCUUUGACUUGUCUAAAUGAUGCAUUUUCUUUUGGCUCACUUCAUUAAGGAGCAUGAUUAUUCCUAUAGAAGAGUUAAUAGUUGGGAGCUUCUACAGCAUUGAUAAAUUCAUUUGCUUCCUGUUCCUGAAGUUUACAUAAGCACUUGCAUACAAUUAUCACAGUAGUUCAAUAUUUAGAUGGCAUUUACGUUUUGUGGGAUAAUACUGGAUAUGUUGUUGUUGUAGAUGGCAUUUACGUUUUCUUCAACAGAAAUGCAAGUCAAGCUUGAUACAAACAGUCAGUUCAAAAGUUGUUUAGAAAAAUCAUACAGAGUUUCCUUAUGCUUGAAUAGUAGUGGUUGUAGUAGCUGUUAAUUCCAUGAUGUGUAUAUGCGCAUCUAACUCUGAGAUAUUGAUCAUUCUAGUUACAUUAGAAAUAUGAACAUCACAAUAGUGAUUUCUUAGUAGUA